GCUGUGAGUCCGGAGAUGCAGGACUCUGUGCCCGUUUCUAUUCCAAAUGCCUGCAUGUCUGAGGCUGAGUUUGAAGCCUCCAGCAUGUGUGGAGUUAAUUCCCUUUAGGUCGGACUCCGCCUCUCUCUCCCAAAGGUAAAACAAGGUUUUCAGGCAUCACUGCAAAGAGCAGCUGGGAUUCCCAUCCCCAUCUGACAAGCUGUGGGAAGUUGUUUCUCAGAUCUGAGCCCCGAAGAGAGGAACAAGUCAUUCAGCCUUCAGUGGUCAGAAGAGAAAUCUUGAACCAUGAGGAGCAGCCUAACCCUGGUGGGGACCCUCUGGGCCUUCUUGUCUCUUGUUACAGCUGUGGCCAGUUCUACCAGUUACUUCCUGCCGUACUGGCUCUUCGGAUCCCAAUUGGGGAAGCCAGUGUCAUUCAGCACAUUCCGGAGGUGCAACUACCCUGUGCGGGGAGAGGGCCACAGUCUGAUCAUGGUGGAAGAGUGUGGGCGCUAUGCCAGCUUCAGUGCCAUCCCAAGCCUGGCCUGGCAGAUGUGCACAGUGGUGACAGGUGCCGGCUGUGCUCUGCUGCUCCUGGUGGCACUGGCGGCCGUCCUGGGUUGCUGCAUGGAGGAACUCAUCUCCAGAAUGAUGGGGCGAUGCAUGGGAGCAGCACAGUUUGUGGGAGGUCUGCUGAUAAGCUCAGGCUGUGCAUUGUACCCCCUAGGAUGGAAUAGUCCAGAGAUAAUGCAAACAUGUGGGAAUGUCUCCAAUCAAUUUCAGUUAGGUACCUGUCAGCUUGGGUGGGCCUAUUACUGCGCCGGAGGUGGAGCAGCCGCAGCCAUGUUGAUCUGCACUUGGCUUUCUUGCUUUGCUGGAAGAAACCCCAAGCCAGUCAUGCUGGUGGAGAGCAUCAUGAGGAACACCAAUUCUUAUGCCCUGGAGCUUGAUCACUGCCUCAAGCCUUGA